AUGGAUUCAUCCAACAGAAGUUUCAAAAAUCUCCUAAAUCAAGAAUCUCCAAGCCUAGAAAAUUCUAGGCACUACAACUCUCCUCCCCAACAAUUCCCCAACCGUUUUCUCCCAUCUCAGUUUUCCCAAAGCUUCAACCCAAAUUUCUUACAUAAUUUCUACCCAUUUGGUGCCCCAGGCAACUACCCACCAUAUGGUUAUUCUCCUCCAAGCUUUCAAGCUACUCAACGUCAAGGAAAUUGGAUACAAGCUAACUCACCAAAUCAAGUGUUUGGAGCUGCUUCUUCCCAUGGGUCGGAGUCAUCCAUUCCUUGCCCUACAACUACAAGACAGCAAGAGAAGCAGCCACUUAACAUCGAAGAGUUGAGUGAUAGCAGCGAAGAGGGAGUGAGGAGAGCGCCACGCACCAAUUGGAAGGAAGAAGAAAACUUGCGGUUUGUUAGCGCUUGGUUGAACAACUCAGUUGAUUCUGUAGAUGGAAAUGAUAAGAAGUCAGAGUAUUACUGGAAGGAUGUAGCUGAUGAGUUCAACAGCAAUAUGCCUAGAAAUGCACAUACAAGGACAGUCAAGCAAAUGAAGACACACUGGGAUAAUGUCAAGAGGGAUAUUGCAAAGUUCUGUGGGGCUUAUGCUCAAGUCAGAAAUACAUGUACUAGUGAGUACUUUGAAGACAUGAUUAUGGAGAAAGCCCAUACAUGGUACAAGAAUCAAGCACAGCAGAAAUCUUUCACCUUAGAGUACAUGUGGAGAGAACAAAAGGAUCAACCAAAAGGCCCACCCAUAUAGAUUGCUUGGACCACAUACAUUGCUGUUGCCCUAAGCCCGUACAUAUUACCCCUAAAUUUGCCACAUAUGAUUAGAUGAUGAGAUGGAGGAGAGUAGUUAGGAGAGAGAGAGAAUGAGCCACCCCUCAUGCAAGGGGCAACCUCUACACAAUCUCCAAGAAAAG